AUGUUGAUCCGGAUGGAGGGUGGCUCGGAGAAGGGCCACGCCGCCAAGGCGAUGAAGGUGGCGGCGGCGAUGCAGGGGGUGGAGUCGGUGACGCUGUCGGGGAAGGACAAGAGCCUGCUGCGGGUGGUCGGCGACGGCGUCGACUGCAACCACCUCACCACCCGCCUGCGCCGCAAGGUGGGCCACGCCGACGUCGUCGAGCUGCGCACCCUGCAUGGCGCCGGCGCCGGCAACUACGGAUACGGGUCCGGGUCUGGGUCACGGACCGGCAGCCUCUCGCGCGACGCCGGGUACGGGAACGGAGGGAGCUACUACGGCUACGCUUACCCGACGGCUACGGCGGCGCCCGACUACUACGGCCAGCAGCACCAGCCGUCGUUCCAGUACAGCUACCCACCGCCGUACGCCGCGCCCGCCGCCGUGCACUACGAGUACUACCCGUCCGCUACCGACCCCAACGGCUGCUCCAUCAUGUAG